AUGACGGACCUCUUGAGCCGUGCUGGCAUGCUUGACUGCAAGUCUCUUACCACACCGGCGUCAGUCACCACAUCAGCCGUUCCUGCAGCAAAUCCCUAUGAUAACCCAACACACUAUCGGCGGAUCGUCGGGGCACUGCAGUACUUGACGAUCACACGACCGGAUCUGUCCUACGCGGUGAACCGACUGUGUCAGUUCAUGCACUCACCGACCGAUGACAAUUGGGCCAUGGCUAAACGAGUGUUGCGCUAUAUAAAGGGGACUAUCAGUUACGGCUUGCGUAUCACUUCGUCCACAUCGACAGCCAUACAUGCUUUCUCAGACUCCGACUGGGCAGGUUGCCCGAUUGACAGGAAGAGCACCAGUGGCUAUGCAGUGUUUCUUGGUUCUAAUUUGAUAUCCUGGUUAUCCAGAAAACAACGUACGGUAGCUCGGUCCUCUACAGAAGCUGAGUACAAGGCUCUAGCGGAUGUUUCGGCAGAGGUUACUUGGGUUGUGUCACUGCUUCGUAAACUAGGACUCCACUCCUCCGAGCCAGCUACUCUUUGGUGCGACAACCUCGGCGCCACCUACCUAUGUGCCAAUCCCGUGUUCCAUGCAAGGACGAAACACGUCGAGAUUGAUUACCACUUUGUUCGGGAUAAGGUGGCCUCUGGAGACUUCGUCAUCAACUUUGUGUCUACGAAGGACCAGCUUGCGGAUAUCCUGACUAAACCACUGACAGGACCUAGGUUCACUCUUCUUCGAGACAAGCUCAAUGUUGUCUCGCACCACCCUUGA